CUCAGCUGUGCCCCGACCCGCUCACACCCCCACUGAGGUGGCCCCAAGGUGUCCCAGGGCACGGCUGCAGCGCGGGGCCGCUCACGGGGCUUUUCCUUCAGGGUCUGGGCUCGGCGGUGCGGUUUUUAGCCUGGGUUUUAAAACUUUACUUAGGGACGCGGUUGCGUACGGCCCUCUUAGUGCAGACUGAGUGAAACCACAACCGGUGCGUGAAGCCGGGGGCCGAGCAAGCGGGGUAUCUGCGUACAGGCGCUGCUGGGGCGUCACCUCAGGGUGUUUGGCUCCAGCAGCGGCUGGCGCUCCUGCUGAGGUAGCCUCUGACAAAUAACCAACGCCGCCCGCCUUGCAAUGUGGCCUGGGUUUAUACUAACAAGGUCUGUCGGCGCCGUUUCCUCGUGGCAAGUUAUUUUUUGGUGUUUUGCUGCUGGAACUGGCCUAGUACAAACACAGUUUAGGGGCACAAAGCGUAACUUUGCUGACACCGUUUAAUUUGCUCGCCAGAGAAGUACAGGCUGCCCAAGCAAAGGCACUUCUGCCACCUGUGCAGGGAGGCUGCUCCAGCCCGCGGCUGCGCUGCAGGGCUCUCAGUGCAGUAGUGUGGGUCAGGAAGCAGCCACCUCCAAGGUGUUUUGUGGUGGAAGCAUCCAGAAUACUGACCCAGAGACUUCUGACGUUCAAUUUGGUAUAGGAGUGCAGCUGACAGAGGCCAUGAAUGGAAAGGAUGAAUAGAAGCAGACUUGGACAGAGCUCCAAGGGUCCCUACGUGACGUUUUCUCCCUUUGCAACAGGGAAUCGCUGAAAGCUACCCCUGGAGCGCACGCGUGGGCUGGUGGCAAUGUCUCACCGGGCUGGUCGCUCCCCCACUGCUGCCAAGGUCAGCCUGCUGGUCUUGCUGGUUUCUGCGGUGUGCUCCCGGACAAGCCUAAGCGAGAGAGUUCCCGAAUUUGCCCUUACAAAAAUAGAAGAGAGCGACAUAAAAGAUGACAGCGGGAAAGAGCCAAUAGCAGACGAUGAUGCUGAUCCUGAGGACCUGGAAGUGUUUUACCCCACACAUCAAUGGCAAACUCUCCGUCCAGGUCAGGCCGUUCCUGCAGGGUCACACGUACGACUAAACCUGCAGACAGGAGACAGAGAAGCCCGGCUUCCAGACAGUGAAAAUGGAAAAAGUGACACGAGAGAAGAGAAAAGAAGAAGAAGGCUGGACAAGAUGGAUAUUGACUCAAAUUCAUUCACAUCCCAGGAGCUCAAAAAGGCAUUGGCUAAAAUGAAGGAAAGUGAGAAGGCGGAAAGAAUGGCCCACGAGGAAGAGGUGAGGAAGAAGUUCCGUCCCAUACAGCAGCUGAAGGAGGAGUUUGAAAAGCUGAACGUGAAGAUGGAGACAGAUUAUGAAAUCAUGGAUAAAUUAAUCAGCAAAUUCAACAGCUCUGCUUCCACACUGGAUGAAAAAGUAGCGGCGCUUUAUGAUCUCGAAUAUUAUGUACACCAGGUGGACAACGCGAAGGAUUUCCUCUCCAUGGGUGGACUCCAGCUCGUGAUCGAGGGCUUGAACAGCACGGAGCCUGUCCUGAAGGAACAUGCUGCCUUCGUCCUGGGAGCCGCGCUCUCCAGUAACCCCAAAGUCCAGGUAGAAGCGAUCGAGGGCGGGGCGCUGCAGAAGCUGCUGGUCAUUUUGGCCACGGAGCAACCCCAGGCUGUCAAGAAGAAGGCGCUCUUCGCCCUGUGCUCCAUGCUGAGGCACUUCCCCUACGCCCAGCAGCAGUUCCUCAAGCUGGGCGGCCUCCAGGUCCUGCGGGGCCUCUUCAGGCAGAAGGGGACGGAGGCGCUGCACGUCCGUGUGGUGACGCUGCUCUACGACCUCAUCAUGGAGAAGGUCCCCUCCCCGUGCCACCAGGAUCCCCAGGCACCGAGAGCUUUUUCCAGGGCCACCACUUCGUGGCCACCCCCGUGUUCCCACCGCAGGUCACCUUCCGAGAUGCUGCUCGAGGACUCGCAGCACGGCGACCAAACGGAAGAGAAAAUCCAGCAGUACCGGCAAGUCAAGCUGGUGCCGGCGGUGGUGGAGCAGGACUGGUGCGUGGUGGUCUCCAAGCUGCUGGCCCUGCCGGAGCACGACGCCCGGGAGAAGGUUCUCCAGCUGCUGGGCGUGCUGAUGGCCUUCUGUAGGGAGCGCUACCGCGGGGACCGGGCGCUCAGCACCGCCCUUGGCCUCCUGCGCAGCGAGUACGAGGAGCUGGCGGCCGAGGAGCAGAGGGACGGCGACAAGGACGGCUACUUCAAGGAGCUCCUCGGCUCCGUCAACACCAUCAUCCAGGAGUUAGGAUGAAAAGCGCGGUAAUUUCAGUUGCAUUGCAGCUAAUUCAGGACAACGGCGUGGCAUUUGAUGGGCUCCUGUGUAAAGGCACUUCUGAAUAAACUGCUGGGCUAACCGA